GGCUGCAACCACUGAGGGUCAAGGUCGCUUCAAUUCCUCGCAUCGCUGGAGAGCUUUGCACGGUAACAACACAACUCCCGCCGACGCCUCGUCAAGCCGCUAUGAGGGCGUCGCAGUGCGUUUUCAACUCGGCCAUUGCCCUCCGCAAGGUCUUCAUUAGCAAUGCGGCGGCGUUGGAGGCCCCGUGGCAUCUGCAGCGGCUGCUGCUGCCCGCUCUGACAGUCUCUUGCGGACCGUCCUCGUCCGCCUCCUGCACAUCCCGACCCUUUUCCACCUCCGCCGUACCAUACCUCCGCUUCCGCCGGGCGCCUGUGCUCCAGGACGAAUAUCCUGCGAGUGCCGGGGCCGACAAAUACGGCGCUGCAAAGAAGGGUCCGGCGCGCGACUACGACAUCGCCUACCCAUGGAUCCAGCUGCGGCAAGAGGACGGCAGGCUCUCAGAACCGCAGCGGACAACGGCGGUGCUUAGGGAUAUGGACCUGACGCGUCAGACCCUCAUCCUCCUUGCCGUGCCGAAGCUGGACGGCAGGUCCCAGGGCCCGCAGUAUCCCAUUUGCCGCAUCGGAGACCGCAAGGCCGAGGAGGCGACGCAAGCCGAGGUCGCCAAGAAGCAAGGGCCGAAGAUCGUGUCCAAGAAGCUGGAGCUCAACUGGGCGAUCGCGCCCAACGACUUGCGCACGAGGAUGACGCAGCUCAAGAGGUUUCUCUCGAAAGGGUACCAGGUGGAGGUUACGAUGGCGGGGCCGAAGAGGAGGGGCAAGCGACUGGCAACACUUGAUGAGGCUAAGGAAGUGCUCAGAGUCGUUAGGGAGACAGUUGCGGAGGUGCCGGGGGCGCAGGAGAUGAAGCCUAUGGAUGGCCAGGUGGGUGAUGUACUCACCCUUUUUCUGCAUGCGCCAACGGGGAAAGCCGAGUCCUCGGCAGAGAAGGCUCCCACGGGGACGCAGCAGGGGACCUAGACUGCGCAGCCUGCCGUGCGCGAGGGGUAGAGCCUAGAACAGGCUUGUUCUGUACAAUCUUGCGAAGCCGGCCGUGUACGAGUGUCAAGAUAGACCACAUAAUGUCAAAUAAGUAGCUCCUUAACCUGAGCCAUUAGGUAUACAGAGCAAGACAACAGCAGCCAGUGCCUCAAAUUCAUUGACUCAGGGGCCAUCAAAGAGGCGCAUUUCUGACGUGGGCCAGUCUGGUGUGUUUACUUUCGCAAGAUGUUGUUCGCGGCUGCUGCUCCCAGGAACAUGGA